AUGCAUCUACGCAGGAAUUGGGCGACGUUAUGUUGCGUGCUGGCGCUUGAGCCGGUGCUGGUCCCAGCCACCACGCUGUACAUGUCGCCCAGCGGCAGCGACAGCAAUACCGGUGGCAGCGCGACGAAAGCCCUGAUGACGCUCCAAGGGGUGCUUGACAGGGUCAAGGCCGCCCAGCCCGUCGACGCGGUGAACAUCGUCGUGGCCGAAGGCACUUUUCUCAGCCAGUCGGUCACCUGGACUUACUUCAACGGCGAGCCCAUCACCUUCGCGCCGCCCGCAGGUGCCAAAACCAAGCCGGUGUUCGAUGGCGAGGGCGCCGGACUGACUUGGUUCACGGUGGGCGACAGCGCCGACGCCGCCGUGCCCACCAAUCUGCAUUUCGUCGGGCUCGCCGUGACCAACUACUGGCUGGGCCUGGACCUGGGGCGCGACAAGGCGGCAGGCAACAGCCACAACGAGGUUCGCGGCAUGCUGUUCGAGCGCGUCGGCGCCUUCUACACCCACGGGCUCCCGAGCCCCAAGGGCUACGCCGCGCUGCGACUGCGCCAGUCCAGCAACAACACCAUCACCGGCAACCGCUUCCACGGCGUCAAGAACUCCGACGCCGCCGACAGCGACAGCGACGGCAAGGACGAGGACCUGACAAGUUACAUCCACGCCGUUUACGCGGCGCAUCAGUCGAGCGGCAACGUCAUCGCGGACAACGAGUUCAACCAGGUCACCGGCGACGCGGUGCGCACGCGCGACGGCUCCGACGACAACCUGAUCGAGGGGAACCGCUUCGUCGCGGCGGGCAAGUACUCGGCCUACUCGGACUGGAUCGACGACACCGGUGAUGAGUGCCCCUCGCACGGCAAUCGCUUCCUGGACAACGUGGUGGGUGACGGCUACCUCGGUCCUUUCAAGGCUGGUUUUGUCACGCAUGUGUAUGGCCCAGACGACCGCUGCUCGGAUGGGAAUGGGGGUGCAUUGCCGCCGCGCAUCAUCGAAAGUGUCUUUCGCGCGGGAUCCCGGAUCUGUCUGGGCAUCCACCUCGCGCGUAUGGAGCUGCGGAUAGCAGCCGUCAUGUUCUUCAGGGAGUGUCGCGGCGCGAGGCUCGCGGAGACCAUGGACGACUGGGUGAUGGCGAUGGAGAACCGGUUUCUGGUUGCCUCUAGGGGCCAUCGUUGCGAGGUUACGCUCUGCGCUGAGUAG